CGAUCCCGCGCGCAGGUCAGAUCUACUGAUCUUCCCUUCCCGGCGAGAGCUUCAGCCCUCAGGCUGCGCUUCCGAGUGAGACUAUCUCAGUCUCAGCAGCUACUGAGUCAUCGCCAUUUUAUUACUGUUCGUUCGAGGAUUCUGUUUCUCCCGGCCGGGAAAUCUUUCGAUUACAAAGUCUUCGAUUCAUAUUUCGAAUAAACAAUUCACAUACCAGUUUUUGCCAAAAAUUAAUACUAUCAGCUGGCAGGUGCACAUUGCGCACCAGUGCGUUUCACAGUCAGAGAUGCUCCUCCUCCUCCUCGGUCCCCAUAUCAUCAAUAUUCCUUCAUACCCCCCAUCGCUCUCACACUUUCUCAGUCUCUCCUAAUGAAAAAAAAAGAAAAGAAAAACUGAAUUUUUUAUUCCUUCAGUUGGGUCUUAACAAUUACAAAAUAAUCCAUCGAAUCCCAAACCGAAUCCCAAGCUUAAUUAUGGUUCCGAUGAUGGGUCCUCUUUUUCUGGUACACGAAUUCUGCAAACACUACUAGAAUUUUCCAGCCAUGGAUUCUUACGAUCAAGAAUUCAAAGAAAACGGAGACACCACUUACGACAACAACAACAAUCACGUCUCCAAGAAGUUAAAGCUCUCUCCCUUCAUCUCUGAUUCCGAAAUUCGCGAUGAGUUCUCUUAUCACGACCCAGGAGUCGCUCGUAUCAACCACGGCGCUUUCGGUAGCUGCCCUGCUUCUGUUAUCGCCGCUCAGCGCGAGUGGCAGCUUCGGUAUCUUCGGCAGCCCGACGACUUCUACUUCAAUCAGCUCCAGAAGGGAAUCGUCGAGUCCCGCAAGGUGGUCAAAGAAAUGAUCAACGCGGAGUCUGUCGACGAAGUCUCGAUCGUCGACAACGCCACCACGGCCGUCGCAAUCGUGCUUCAACAGGUGGCUUGGGCCUUUUCGGAAGGGCGGUUCCAGAAAGGCGACGCUGCGGUAAUGCUCCACUACGCGUACGGUGCCGUCAAGAAAGCGGUUCAGGCGUACGUUUCUCGCGCUGGUGGGCACGUAAUCGAAGUCCACCUGCCCUUCCCCGUUCAUUCUAACGACGAAAUCAUCGAUGAAUUUAAGAAGGCAUUAGAGAAAGGGAAAUCCAUUGGAAAGAAGGUCAGGUUAGCAGUGAUCGACCACAUUACGUCGAUGCCGUGCGUGGUUAUUCCGGUGAAGGAGUUGGUUAAGCUCUGCAGGGAGGAAGGCGUCGACCAGGUGUUUGUAGACGCUGCUCAUGCAAUUGGUAACGUCGGAGUCGACAUGAAACAAAUAGGGGCGGAUUUUUACACCAGUAAUAUGCACAAGUGGCUUUUCUGUCCUCCUUCGAGUGCAUUUCUCUACUGUAAAAAAUCGCCCAAAUUUUCUGAUUUGCAUCAUCCCGUAGUUUCUCAUGAAUACGGAAACGGGUUGGCUGUAGAGAGUGCUUGGAUUGGGACGAGGGACUACAGCUCGCAGCUUGUUGUUCCUUCUGCUCUUGAUUUCAUCAACAGGUUUGAAGGUGGUAUAGAUGGAAUCAGGAAGAGGAAUCAUGAAGCUGUUAUUAGGAUGGGGGAGAUGCUGUCCAAAGCCUGGGGGACGCACCUUGGAUCGCCUCCAGAUAUGUGUUCCAGCAUGGUCAUGGUGGGUUUUCCUGCUUGCUUGGGGAUUUCUAGCGAUUCUGAUGCUUUGAAGCUGAGGAAACAUCUUCGGGAGAGUUUUGGUGUUGAAGUUCCGAUAUAUUAUCGAGCACCGAAAGAGGGAGAAGUUGGGGCUCAGAACAAACAUAAUUGUGUAACAGGCUAUGCCAGGAUUUCUCACCAGGUUUACAACACAGACGACGAUUACUACAAGUUCAGGGAUGCGAUUAACUUGCUUGUCAGAGAUGGGUUUACUUGCGAGAUGCUUCCCUGUAACUGAAAGCUUCAUAGAAUCAUGGAAAGCCUACUGCUGCCUACCGAGAAAUAUGAUCAUUUUUCUUGGAUGUUGAAUUAACUUGUUCUCAUGUCUCAUAAAUUUCCAGACCCAUUAAUUGUAGAAACCACUGACAAGCCAAGUGCAGAUCAGCGUAUAAUCAGAGGGGCGAGUAGACUUGCGAUAUUGGUCUUGUAAUUGCUUAACAAUAAUAAACGGUGGUAUGCUUUUCUAGUAGUUUAGCCCAGCGGGAAUCAAGCAUAAUCUACUUUUGCAGGUUUUGGCUUGCUCAAUAGUGUAUUGUUAAUUGUGACUUGUGAGCUACUCUGUUGUACAUUUCCUAGUAAGUUCUCUUUGUUGUGAACCGUACUUAUUUAUUAGUACUGAAUGUAUUAUACUUGUUAUUGGUUGCUCGUCAAUGUUAUUGGAUUACGAUAAACAAUGAUUCUAACCUCAGUGUUUAUCAUGGAAGCCUGGUUAUUGCUCAA